AUGCCGUACUAUACCAAAGACGACGAUGAAGUCGACGACUUCAAUGAUUACGAUCCCACUCCCUAUAGCGGAGGCUAUGACAUCACCAUGACGUACGGUCGCUCAGUCCCGCCGUCAGACGAGACUUGUUACCCUCUCUCCUCUCCCUCCGCUGACGCGUUCGAAUAUCAGACCCCCGUGUUUUCUUCAAGCCAUGAGCCUUCUGCUUACGGCGACCAGGCUGUUAACACCGAGUACAGUAGCUAUGCCCGACCCAAGACCCGACAUGAAGGUCACGGAGGCGCUCACGUUGAAGGUCAGUACGGUGGAUCUGGAUCUGACUUUGGCCGGAAACCUGGUUCUGGUUAUGGCGGAAGAACGGAGGUUGAGUAUGGCCGUACACCUGUGUCUGAGCACAGCCACACAAAAUAUGUAAGUUAA